AAGGAACCAGCCGCGCACACAAGCUGCUGCUCCUUGACUUGCUCACCAGCCCAGAUCUGUGACUGCAGGCAGAUACACCAGAUCUGCCACGCUUUGGCUUCUUGGCUUCCCAUGCUGUCUCCGGUAACUCUCCGCCUGUAUCAGUAAGUCUCUACUGAAGAGAUCAGAGUACACUAGGCACUGAGAAUUAUAAAUCAGUUGUCCAGUUUGUGGAAAGAAAUAGAAAAUGACCAAAGUUGAAAAGUUUGCUCUUUAUGUCCCAAGUCUAGAGGAACUUUCUGGGGUCCUGCAGAAUGGGCUUACAGAGAACUUUGCUGAUGUCCAGGUCUCUGUAGUAGAAUGCCCUGAUCUGACUCAUGAUCCCUUCAAUUUCCCUGUUAAAGGAAUCUGUGGGAAGCCUAGAAUAGCAGAUGUGGGAGGUGUUCCUUACCUUGUGCCUCUUGUACAAAAAGAUAAAGUUUAUGACCUGAACACUGUUGCAAAGCAAAUAGAAUUGCCUGGAGCGUUCAUUCUUGGAGCUGGAGCUGGGUCCUCUAGGAUUCUUGGAGUAAAUGCUGAGUUUAUCCCAGUUGUUCAAGCUGAGAGUGAACAAAAGCCUGCUGUAAAUGCAAGUUACACCGCUCAGAUUAAUCCUGCAGAUGGAGGGUGCCUCCUGGAGAAGUACAGCAAGAAAUAUAGUGACUGUGAAUUUGGACUACUGGCCAACCUGUAUGCCAGUCAGGGCCAACCUGGCAAGGUUAUUGAAGUGAGAGCCAAUGGAAGAACUGGACAGCAUAACUUUGUGACCUGUAUGAGACAAAUUAUAGAAAAAUGCUAUGGAGAUAAACCAGUCGGGAUAGGCGGUACAUUUGUCAUUCAAAAGGGGAAAGCGAAGAUUCAUAUCAUGCCCCCAGAAUUUUCUGCCUGUCCUUUAAACACUGAUGAGGAAGUGAAUAAUUGGCUCAAUUUUUUUGAAAUGAGGGCUCCAUUGAUUUGUCAGCCAGUACUAAUUUCCAGAGAUCCAGGGUUUGAUCUGCGAGUGGAGCACACCCAUUGUUUCAGUCACCAUGGCGAAGGAGGACACUACCACAAUGACACUACACCAGAUAGUGUGCAGUAUCUGGGAUAUUUUUUGCCUGCAGAACUUCUCUUUCGUAUUGAUAGACCCAAGGAGUCUCAUAUGGUUGGGAGAGAUUAAAUCCAUGGAUGCACACUUAGUUUGGAGUGUAAGGAUAGCCAUUAAUUUUUAAAAAUUAAAUAUUGGAUUUGAUCAGUGUUUGAAUUGACAUCAAGCACACACAUGAAAAGUUUGCAUUUUAUUGCAGUCUUAGCCUUUUUAAAGAAUGGGACACGUUCAGAGUUUAGAUUGUUUGUUUGUGAUUGAAAUAGUUAUUUGAAUUCAAAUUAAUUUUUAUACAAACAUCAAAGCCAAGCAGUUUGUAUUAAUGAUUUAUUUUGUUCCAUAUUGAUUACUUUAGGCAGGCAUUACUAGGCGAUUUUCUCUGGCUAUAGAGAGCCACCACUGAAUUAAUGAGCGCUACACAUUCUAAAUGGAAGAGGAAAAGAGAUGCCAAUCAAGAACCAUGUAACUACACUACAAUUCAGAAUCUGAUAUUGACAUGGCUGUGUGCCCUUCUAGCUAUAUGUGCCCUAGUGGGUUAUAUGUGGGUAAUGGGAUUGGCCACUUAUUUUAAUCAGUAAUUACAAGAAACUUGUUUGAAAUAAGAGGAAGGCACUUGUAGUUCCGCUCAUGUAACUUCUAGCUCAGCAGAACUACAGGGUGGUGCAAUCAUACAACUACAGGGGUCAGUGGCAAUUCCCCCAUUGAUUUCACUGUGAGUGAAUGCAAACUUGUCAAAAAGGGACUUUUCUCAUUUUUACUGGUGCUUAUAAGCUAGCUAACUACUUAACAAGCAUAGGACCAUUUCUAGGAUUUUAAAUGUUCAUGUUACUAUCAUGCCAUGUGUGCUUGAUUAUUUUCUCAUACCAGUUUAAAUGAGGAAUAACUUUAUUGAAGCGAGUGGAGUUACAGUGGGCUGACUGGAGGAUCAGGCCCUGUUUGUUUCUAGUUUUGAAUAAGGCUGAAAUACAGGAGCACUUUGUCAGCAUUCUUUUUUUUUUUUUUUUCCCUUUACACUCUGAUGAUAUUUGUCAUUUGUCCUGCCAAUAAAGUUUUACUGAAUUGAA